AUGGUUGGGGAGGUUCUCGAGAACAAGAUCAUGACCUUUGUGAAGGAUGAACUAAAGAGAUUUAAGAAACUUCUGAGUGAGGAUAUUUCACAAUGUUUUUGGAGUCUAAAGGAGAACGAGAGCAGUGCCAGGGAAGGCGCCCUGAGGAUUACAAUGUGCUUUCUAAAGAACAUGAACCACACUGACCUUGCUGACCUUCUGGAGAACAAUGAGCUGAUUGUGACUGGUCAUCAUGAACUAAAAUCAAAUCUGAAGAAGAAGUAUCAGUGUAUGUUUGAGGGAAUAGCAAAACAAGGAAACCCUACUCUCCUCAAUAAGAUCUACACAGAGCUCUACAUCACAGAAGGAGGAAGAGGAGAGGUCAAUAAUGAACAUGAGGUCAGACAGAUUGAGACAGCCUACAGGAGAACAGCAGCACCAGGAACACCAAUACAAUGUGCUGACAUCUUCCAACCCAUACCUGGACAAGACAAACCCAUCAGGACUGUACUGACAAAGGGAAUCGCAGGCAUUGGAAAAACAGUGUCUGUGCAGAAGUUCAUUCUGGACUGGGCCGAAGGAAAAGCCAAUCAAGGUAUUAAGUUCAUAUUUCCACUUCCUUUCCGGGAGCUGAACUGCCAGAGAACAGAAAAACGCAGUUUGAUGGACAUUCUCCAUCACUUUUUCAUCGAGACAAAGGAACUGAAUUUAACCACCAAUAACAAUCACAAAGUUUUAUUUAUCCUCGAUGGCUUGGAUGAGUGUCGACUUCCACUGGAUUUUCAGAAUAAUGAAACGUGGUCUGAUGUAACAGAGGCAGCCCCACUGGAUAUUGUGCUGACCAAUCUCAUCAAGGGAAAUCUGCUGCCUUCCGCUCUGCUCUGGAUAACAACUAGACCAGCAGCAGCCGGUCGUAUCCCACCUGACUGUGUUGACCAGGUAACAGAGAUACGAGGAUUCAAUGACCCACAGAAAGACGAGUACUUUAGGAAGAGAGUUCGUGAUCAGAACCUGGCCAACAGAAUCAUCACACACAUGAAAUCAUCAAGGAGCCUGCACAUCAUGUGUCACAUUCCAGUCUUCUGUUGGAUUUCAGCCACUGUCCUAGAGAGAAUGUUGUCUGGGGCAGAGAAUGCAAGCAUCCCAAAAACUCUGACUCAAAUGUACACCUACUUCCUGAUAUUCCAGACCAAUAAGAAGAAUCGGAAGUAUGACGAGCAUAAGGAGACAGAUACACACCUGAACAAAGAGAGCAUUUUGUCACUGGGAAAACUGGCAUAUGAACAGCUCCAAAAAGGCAAUCUGAUAUUCUAUGAAGAAGACCUUAUAGAGUGUGGCAUCGAUGUUGUAGAGGCAUCAGUGUACUCUGGAAUGUGCACCCAGGUCUUUAGGGAGGAGAAUGGCUUGUGCUUAGGAAGAGUGUACAGCUUUGUCCAUCUGAGCAUUCAGGAAUUUCUUGCCGCCUUAUAUGUGCUUCUGAUGUACAUAAUCAACAACACCAACAUAAUGUCUAAAGAAAAGUCCUGGAGAUGGUCAGUGUUCAGUACAACCUCUCCAUUCAGCCUACACAGGAGUGCCGUGGAUGAAGCCCUGAGGAGUGAGAGUGGACACCUGGAUCUUUUCCUCCGCUUCCUUUUGGGUCUCUCCCUUGAGUCUAAUCAGGCUCUCUUGCAUUCAUACUCCCUUCCAUUGGCACACAAAGGACUCUUCACACCAACCAAUAAUGAAACAGCCCAAUACAUUAAGGAGAAGAUCCGUGAGAGUCCAUCUCCAGAGAGAUCCAUCAACCUGUUCCACUGUCUAAGUGAGCUUAAUGACCAUUCACUGGUGGAGGAGAUCCAAAGCUACCUGACUUCAGGGAGCCUCUCCAAAGCUGAACUCUCUCCUGCUCAGUGGUCAGCUGUUGUCUUUGUCUUGCUGACGUCAGUAGAGGAGCUAGAUGUGUUUGACCUGAAGAAGUUCAUCAGAUCAGAUGAGUGUCUUCUGAGGCUUCUGCCAGUGGUCAAAGCCUCCAGAACAGCUCUGCUGAGCAACUGCAGUGUAACACAGGAAGGCUGUGCUGCUCUAGCCUCAGCUCUGACUACAAACCCCUCACAUCUGAGAGAGUUGGACCUUAGUGAAAAUAAAUUGGGAGACCCAGGUGUGAAGCUGUUGUCUGAUCUACUGAAGGACACGCACUGCAAAUUGGAAGCUCUGAAGCUGCAUAACUGCAAUAUUACAGAGGAGGGUUGUACAGCUCUGGCUUUAGCUCUGACUUCAAAUCCUUCGCACAUGAGAGAGUUGGAUCUCAGAGGGAAUGACCCUGGAGACUCAGGAUACAAACUGCUCAACAGUUUAUUAGAGAAUCCGCAGUGCAAGCUCGAGAAACUCAGGUGUAUAAACCCCUUAUUGCUGAGAGAAUUGGAUCUGAGUGAGAAUAAACCAGGAGAUUCAGGGGUGAAGCAGCUCUCUGCUCUGCUGGAGGAUCCUCAUUGUUAUUUUGAGAAACUAAGGCUGUAUAACUGCAGCAUAACUGAGGAUGGCUGUGCUACACUGGCUUCAGCUCUUAAUUCAAAUCCAUCACUCCUGAGGGAACUGGAUCUCAGUGGAAAUAAACCAGGAGACUCCGGAGUGAAACUGCUCUCUGCUGUACUAAAGAAUCCACAAUGUAAACUAGAGACACUGAGUCUGUGUAACUGCAGCAUUACAGAGGAAGGCUGUGCUACCAUGGCUUCAACUCUAAUUUCAAACCCUGCACACCUGAGAGAGCUGGAUCUGAGUGAGAAUAAACCUGGAGACUCAGGAGUGAAGCUGCUCUCUGCUGUGCUGAAGAAUCUACACUGUAGACUGAAGAAACUGAGUCUGUAUGACUGCAGUGUCACAGAAGAAGGCUGUGCGGCUCUUGCUGCAGGUCUAAGUGCCAACCCCUCACACCUGAGAGAACUGGACCUGAGUGAGAACACACCAGGAGAGUCAGGAAUGAAACUUCUCUCCUCUGUGCUGAAGGAUCCAAACUGCAAAUUGGAGAAACUGAGGCUUCUUAACUGCAGUAUUACAGAUGAAGGCUGUGCUGCCCUGGCAACAAGUCUGAGUUCAAACCCUUCACACUUGAGAGAGCUGGAUCUAAGUGAGAACAAAGCAGGAGAUUCAGGAGUGAAGCUGCUCUCUGCAUUAUUAAAAGAUCAGAACUGCAAACUGGAGACACUCAGGUUGAGAGUCUGCAAUAUUACAGAGGAGCGUUGUGCUGCUUUGGCUUCAGCUUUAAGUUCAAAUCCCUCACGCCUGAGAGAGCUGGAUCUGAGUCAUAAUAAACCAGGAGAUGCAGGAGCAAAGUUGCUCUCUCCUGCAUUCAAGGAUCCAGCUUGUAAGCUGGAGAAACUUAAUCUGUGUGACUGCAGUAUAGCAGAGGAAGGCUGUGCUGCUCUGGCUUUGGCCCUGAGUUCAAACCCCUCACAGCUGAGAGAGCUGAAUCUGAGCAACAACAAACCAGGAGACACAGGACUGAAGCUGAUCUCUGCUAUGCUGAAGAAUCCACACUGUAAACUGAAAACACUGAGUCUUUGUAACUGUACUAUUACGAAGAAGGGCUGCGCUGCUCUGGCUUCAGCUCUGUCUUUAAACCCCUCACACCUGAGAGAACUGGACCUCAGUGGGAAUAAACCAGGAGACUCGGGAGCAAAGCUGUUCUCUGCUUUACUGGAGAAUCCACACUGUAAACUGGAGAAACUGAAGCUCUACAACUGUGGUAUUACAGUGGACGGUUGUGCUGCAUUGGCCACUGCUCUGAGUUUAAACCCUUCACACCUGAGAGAGCUGAAUCUAAGUGGGAAUAAACCUGGAGACUCAGGAGUGAAACUGUUGUCUGCCCUAUUAAAGGAUCCACAUUGCAAACUGGAAGAACUGGAGCUAAAUGACUGCGGUAUAACACAGGAAGGCUGUGCUGCUCUGGCUUCAGUGCUAAAUUCAAACCCCUCACACCUGAGGGAGCUGGAUCUGAGUUGGAAUAAACCGGGAGAGUCUGGAGUUAAGCUGCUCUCUGCUGUGCUGAAGAAUCCAAACUGUAAAUUGGAAACAUUAAUGUGA